AUGACCAUUACACAACAGUAUAGAAGAGUGACAAUAGCAAACGUCUUCUCAUAUACCUUUAUACUGCUGCUGUUGUCUAACAAGUUGUCCCAGAUAAACACUCAAUUUACAGCUGAAAGUAUCCUUAAUGACAAAAUUAAUGACCAGAAGAUAUCACAGUUAUUCAAGGAGAAAGCAGAGGAAAGCACUUCGAAAGAUAUUGUAGAUUUACUACAGCUUGUUGAAAUCGACAAAGCCGAUAGACAUGAAGUAACACGUCAAUAUGGUUUCUGUCCUACAUCUGCUGAUAAUACAGACACAGCUUAUUCAUAUCAUCGAGGGGAUAAAUUAAAAAUACCUGCAGAGAAAGCAUUCCAUCUCCCAUUUCCUCAGGACUUUUCUAUCCUUACAACUGUACGUCUACGUCAUGAAAAAAAUCAAAAGAUAUUUGAUUUAACAAAUGAAAAAGGAGAAACUAUGUUGGCUGUAUCAGUGGGAAACACUAUUGCACUGCAUUAUCAACUGUCAGGCAAUUCAUUUCUUCUUCUAGAAUUUUUAGGAGUUAGACUGAAUCUUCUAAGAUGGCAUCGAAUUGCAUUCAGUAUUAAGGGUGAUUCAGUAACUUUACUUGUUGACUGUAAAGUUAUCAUGUCAAAAUUACUCAACAGAACAGUUACUGGUGAUUUGAAAUUUGGUAAAGGCAUGCUGUAUAUUCUACAAGAUAAGAUUGGUCAACCUAGUUUCACUGGUGCGGUUGAACAAUUGUUAAUCAUUCCAACGCCCAGUGCAGCAUACGAUCAGUGUAACAUUUAUUCUUCAUGUAAUGAAAUUAGCAAAGAUAAUGAAGAAAUGCAGCUCCAAGAGCCAUAUCCAUAUGAACAAACAAGAAAUUUUGGUCCUCAAGGUGAAAAAGGCGAAGUUGGUCCAAAGGGUGAAAAAGGUCAACCUGGACGAGAUGGUCGUAGUGGGAUUCCUGGAGCUCCAGGUUUGCCAGGUGUACCAAGUCAUAUACUAAUGAUGCCAUUACCAAGUUUUGGAAAGAAUGAAUUGAGUCGUAUGGCCAGUUUUAGAACAACAGUACAACAGGCUGUAAUGAUGUUGAAAGGAAGUCGAGGUCAACAAGGUAUGACUGGUCUUCCUGGAAUACAAGGUCCAUCUGGUCCAAGAGGUUCAAAAGGUGAUCAAGGAAUUAUUGGAGAACCAGGCUUUAUGGGUCCAACAGGUUUAAGAGGCCCACCAGGUCCAGUUGGUCCACGUGGAAGACCAGGUAUUGAUGGUGAGAUUGGAGCAAGUGGUUUGGUGGGUCCAAAGGGACUACCUGGGCUGCCAGGGCUACCAGGUCUUCCUGGUCACAGAGGUCAUAAAGGAGAGAUUGGACCACGUGGUGUCAAAGGAGAUGUUGGACAACGAGGAGCGCCGGGUCCUUAUGGACGAGACGGUGAAGUAGGUCCUUCAGGAGAACCUGGUUCCGCUGGACUACAGGGUCCUAUGGGAGCAGUUGGACCAGCUGGUUUACGUGGAUUACCAGGACGUUCGGGACCGAAUGGGCUUAAAGGUGAACUAGGAGAUGCAGGUGAAACGGGUCCUCCUGGUCCACAAGGGCCAGUAGGACCACCAGGUGUACCUGGACCACAAGGUAUACGUGGAUUAACUGGACAGCCAGGAGCACGAGGAGCUCCCGGAGUAACGGGUUUACCAGGCAGUCCUGGGAUGAUUGGGAAUCCUGGACCACAAGGUAAUGCUGGUCCUAAAGGAGAACCGGGAUUAAUGGGAGAACCAGGAGACACUGGGCCAGUUGGGGCACCAGGAUACAAAGGAGAUCGCGGGCCUCGUGGUUUGCCUGGACCUAAAGGAACUCAAGGAUUACAUGGCCUCACUGGGGUUCGUGGAGACAGAGGUGAAAAAGGCUCGAAAGGAGAGCGUGGCCUUCCUGGACCAAGAGGUAGUGAAGGUCCCGUAGGAAUUAAAGGUGAACCCGGCCUACCUGGUGAAAUUGGCCCACGAGGACUUGAAGGACAAAAGGGUAAUGAAGGUGCACGUGGAAGUGCAGGAUAUCCUGGUGGUCCAGGUCCAAAAGGUUCUGUUGGACCAAUAGGUGCGAUUGGAAGUCCAGGUGAAAAAGGUGAUCCAGGUCAUAUGGGACCAGUUGGUUUGAAUGGACCUGUUGGACCACGUGGAGCACCUGGGCCACGUGGAGCUCCAGGGCAGUCUGGACCAGUUGGAUUCAAGGGCGACGAAGGGCCUGCAGGACCUACUGGUCCUCCAGGAGCUGCUGGACCCCAAGGACCUAGAGGUACACCUGGAUUUGUGGGAGUUCCAGGUCCUCCAGGUUUACCAGGUAGACCAGGGCCACCAGGACUUUUAGGCGAUCGAGGUGAACCUGGUGAGCCAGGAAUACCUGGAGAAAUUGGACCCAUAGGUAUGGUUGGUGUACCAGGACAAGUGGGAGAACAAGGAGCUCCAGGCGUUCCCGGGAAACCUGGUGUAGAGGGAAUCGAAGGAGAACAGGGUGAAAAAGGUGCAAAAGGUGCUGCUGGUCCUCCAGGUCCUAGUGGCCCUGUUGGACUACGAGGAACCCGUGGUCCACCUGGCCCACCUGGAGAUGCUGGGGCGAAGGGAGAUGAAGGUCGUGCAGGCCCCUCUGGGAGCGUUGGUGAUAAAGGCGAUAGAGGUCCUCCUGGACCUCACGGACCACCUGGUCCUAUAGGACCGGUAGGACCACAAGGAUUACCAGGAAGUCAAGGAGAGCCUGGUGAUAAAGGUGCUCGUGGUCCACCUGGUCCAGUUGGUGAACAAGGUGAAAAGGGUGUUCAAGGAUUAAUAGGCAAACCUGGUUUACGUGGACCAGCAGGAGCAGAUGGCGAACAAGGAGAUCAAGGAAGCCCAGGUCCGCAAGGUGCCAAGGGAGAUAGAGGUGAAGCGGGGGAACAAGGUUCUCCAGGCCAGCAAGGAGCAGUAGGAUCGCCAGGUCCUCAAGGUAUGGUCGGAGAACCAGGAGAGGUUGGACAAACUGGCGUUGCAGGUCCGAAGGGCAUAGAAGGUAAAGUAGGGCCGCCGGGACCACUGGGACCUACUGGAGUGCAAGGCUCGCCUGGUCCAAGUGGUCCACGUGAAGGCCCGGUUGGAUUUCCUGGACCUGUUGGUUUGGCUGGAGCUCCAGGUAAAAUGGGAAUACCUGGUGUUACUGGUCCUUCGGGAUUACCGGGAUUGAAGGGAGAACAAGGAAAACCAGGUGCACGGGGGGAACAAGGUGUACAAGGAAGUAUCGGACCUGUCGGACCAAAAGGUAUGAAAGGAUCACUUGGACGACCAGGCCGACAAGGUCAACCUGGUCCUGCUGGACCCCCUGGAAUAGUUGGAGAACCCGGCAUGCAGGGUCCACAAGGCCCAAUGGGUCCAGUGGGUGCACCAGGACUGUCAGGUGAACCUGGGGCUGCAGGUCCACCAGGCAAAGAUGGUGUUCGAGGAUCUGUCGGCCCAGAAGGUAUAUUCGGAGAUGACGGCCCUCCAGGGUCACCUGGACCAGUUGGUGUCCCCGGUGUUCAAGGUCCUGCUGGAACUGCUGGUGAAACCGGGGCUACUGGAGACCCAGGAGACCGAGGGCCUCCUGGUCCAAUAGGAUCACCUGGGGAACGUGGACUACCGGGAGUUAUGGGUCCUGAAGGACAAAUUGGUCCACAGGGGCCUGAAGGAGAGCAGGGACCUCAAGGACCACCAGGAGUUGCUGGACCAAAGGGAAAUGCCGGUAAAACUGGAUCACCAGGUCCAAUUGGUCCAAAAGGAGAAGCUGGUCCUAAAGGAGUGGGAGGUAAUCCUGGAACUGUUGGUCCACCGGGACCUAAGGGUGAGCAAGGUAGCAUGGGGGAUCCUGGACCAGUUGGAAAACAAGGUGAAAUGGGAGAGCAUGGAGACCAGGGUCCGCCUGGCUCACGGGGACCAAACGGUGAUGAGGGUGAAUCUGGGCCUCCAGGUCCAACAGGUCCAGCAGGACCACCUGGCUUACAGGGUCCUCGAGGAGAGCAGGGACAUCCAGGUGAUCCUGGUCCAAUGGGUAAACAAGGACCUCAAGGUCAAGUGAAAAUUACCAACAGUGGAGAAAAAUUAUUGAUGAGACACCGACGAUCAGCUGUUACGGCAACUGAAGAAACAUUAGAAGAAAUCAAUAAAAAUAUAUUUGGUCGUGUUGAUGCAUUAAAUAAGAAAGUACGAUCAAGACGUUAUGCAACUGGUUUAACUCCACAGAAUCCAGCACGAACGUGUAAAGAUGUCAGAUUGACGAAUAAAUUCGCUGAGAACGAUACCUAUUGGAUUGAUCCAAAUGAAGGUUCAAACAAGGAUGCAAUUAAAGCCAAGUGUACAUUUUACGAUGAUGGAACUGUUGAAACGUGCGUAGAUUCAAGUAUGGACCAGGGUAUACUGGUCACAUACUUGAAACCAUUACCAAGUGACAGUGAGUGGCAAAGUCACUUAAGAGUGAUGAAUUCCACAAUGCCAUUAGAUUUACACAAUUAUGGAAGUCAUUCACAAGUUAAUAUGUUACGUAUACAGCAUAGAUAUGCAUCACAAGAGCUUGAAUUUCUUUGUGAUGGAACAGAAAUUUACGGUUCAUGGAAUCCACGUAUAGGUCAAUCUAAUUUCGAUAAGGCGACAGCUUUGUUAGCUCAUAAUGAACGUAUGCUUGACUUGACAUCUGGUGAAAGAUUAGGUCCUGGAAAAUAUCAUAUGGAUAAACGUAAUUAUCGAAAUAAUUUGGAUCGUGUGGAUACAAGUAUCAUAGUUGAAUAUGAUGGAUGUCAAUAUCUAUCAAAGGGUGCAGCAACAAAAUUAUUGAUUGAAACAAAAGAUUUAGAAGUUUUACCAAUUAUUGACUUUAAAGUUCGUAAUUUCGAUAAACAAGGCACUUGUUCACUAAGUGUUAAUAUUGGUGCUGUAUGCUAUCGUACUUAAAAAUUAACAAUCUAAAUUCAAUAGGAUAAAGAGAAGGAUAAAUAACAAACAAAACUGAAUAGAAGAGAAUGUUCAAUGUUCAAUGU